AUGGGUAUGAGGACAUCCAGUGGAGCUGCUUCAGCCCUGGGACCAGGAUUUGACCCCUAUAUGACAUUGGAGCCUCAGCCUGGCAAUAAGUAUUUUGCAAACCUCUUGAAGUGGAAAUCAGAGCCCCCACACUCUCUGAGGCCCUUCUUCAUCUACCCGCAUUCUGUCUCCCUCUGCAUGUCACUGGGUGCUGGUUACUUAUUCCCACCUGCACCUCAAAGAAACAUACCUCUCACAGAGAAUCUCCUUCAUCCCUCUCCAGAAGAGGAGAAGAGGAAAUACAAGAAGAAGCACCUAGUGCAGAGCCCCAAUUCCUGUUUCAUGGAUGUGAAAUGCCCAGGAUGCUAUAAAAUCACCCCUGUCUUUAGCCAUACACAAACAGUAGCUUUGUGUGUUGGCUGCUCUACUGUCCUCUGCCAGCCUACAGGAGGAAAAGCAAGGCUUACAGAAAGAUGCUCCUUCAGAUGGAAGCAGCACUAAAAGCCCCCGGAAUCAAGAUGAAUGGGAAACCAUCCCA